AAUAACCAUACAUAUAGAAAUAUAUAAUAAAAUAAAAAAAAAGUCAUUUUAUACUGUCUAAAAUAUAUGACAGAGUUUUGAAAAUACAGAAGAAACAGUGUGAUAUAAAAAUAUUUAAAUAAAAGAAUAAAAAAAUGGAUUUCAUUGAUGAAGUAGAGAAGUUUAUGCAUAAAUGUUGGAAAAGUAUUUUAAUGGAAGUAAGUGAAGCUAUUGUUUUUAUAGAUUCAGCAGCUGCAGAAUGUCUUCAUUGGCAUACGGGUGAUCAAGGAUACCUUGUAUUAAAAGCCGCAGGAGCGUUUUCUGUACAUGAAUUAGCUGCCUAUGAUUUACAUAAUGUUAAAGAUAAGAAUGACAGAAAAGCUGUGAUUAUUUCUACCUCUGUUUACGCUAACUUUUAUGAGUAUUUAAUUAAAAUGAUAAUGGAACAUAAUACGUUCAAAAGUUACACUAUUAUUAGUACUGUACACUAUAUGACAAUGUGUUACGAUAAUAAUUUAUCAGAUAAAGAAAUGAAGAAUUAUACAAAACUAAAAGAGGAUUUACAAAAUAUCCUAAGUUUUAAAGAUCCAUUGCAGAAUAUUCCUAUAGAUAUUAUUUACAUUCCUAUUUUUAUAAGUCUUCUAACCAAGGAUUUAUUUACCACUCCACCAUUUGCAAAUUUAAUGCCACCGAUUAAUAUACCUGAACCUAAUAAAAUUAAAGAAAUAGAAUUAUAUAUAAAUCAUUUUGUAAGUUCUUUGGAAAGCUUGUUCCAUCACUUGAAUAUUACAGAAGACAUAUAUUCAAUUGGUAAAUGCAGUGAUUAUAUAGCAGACACAUUAAAAAAUUUACCUGCAGCAAUUAAACGUAGAUCUAAACUAUAUGGAACAUCUGGGUCCAAAAUGUCUUUAAUUUUAAUUGAUAGAACAUUAGAUUUAUGCGCAGCAACUAGUCACGAUACAAACUCAGUUCUGUCAAGAAUGUUAUGUAUUUUACCACAUUUGCCUAAUCACACCAAUGAUAUUGCAGUAAAUAUGAAUCCGAUUGUUUGUGAAUCCAUGAUAGAUGCACCAUUUAUUGAAAUACCAGGAUGCUUAGCAACUACUGAUAGAAACUUGAUCGAUAUCUUAAUCUCAAAAAAACAGCAAGCUGUUCUUUUAACUGCAAAUCAUUUACUUCAAACUAUUUUAACAACAAAAGAAAGUCCUAAAUCUAAGAUAACAACAAGAGUUUCCGUUCAUAGUUUAGAAAAGCAAAUGUACAAAUUUCAAAAUAAGAAUGAGAUAUAUUCAACAUUACAAUCCAACAAACAAUUACAAAUUAUUUGGGCAAUAGUACAAUCACUGAAAUCGGAUAAAAAUAUGCAGAUAGAAUUGCUUCUUAGUAUUGAAAAAUUAGUAACACAAAAUGUAGCGGUCAGUCGAGAUUCUUCAAGUGUAUUAGCACAACUAAGCAAUAUCAUAAAAACACGACACGACAGGAAAUUGGAUACUGAAAAUCUUCUUGCCCUGUUAAUAUAUGUUUAUGCCCUUGCUGGUACGCAAAUACAUUUUUCACCUGCUCAAGAACAGCUUUUGGAAGAAUCUCUUUCAACAGCUUUAUAUGAGGACAUAAAAGUUUUUAAUGAAAAUACAAAUAUUACAAAUAGAAUUUAUGAACAAAUUUUAUUGUUAUUAGGAGUUACAGAUGACGAAUCUGCACGAGAGAUUUCAAAAAAGACGGCAAAACAUUUUAUGACAAUAUUACAUGAUAUAGCAAAAAAAAGAGAGGGACUGCGCAAUUAUGUAUCUCUAGUAUCCGAUCCUCACCCUAGUGAAAUGGUUCAGUAUGUUGGUAUAUUAGAACAAUUAGUUAAGGAUAUAAUAAAUCCAAAAAGAUCUAAAAUUCAUGAUCUACACAAUAAAUCAUUGCAGUCCAGUAUCAGUUUCAAUCUUUUCUCAAAAAGUAAAACGGACCAUCAUCCUGCGGAUAACCAAUGGAUAUUAAUAUAUGUUGUUGGAGGUAUUACGCCAGAAGAAAGUAAAAAAGUUCAAGAAAUAGUAUCUACGUAUAAAACAAAUUGUUCCAUAACGCUCGCAGGAUCUCGUCUAUUAAAUCCAUUGGACAUAGUAAAUGAAGUACUUUUAAAAUUUAUGAAUAUAAAUAUUUAAUUAAUCUUUUUCUGUUAUCCACUUGAUAACACCUGAAUUAAUCAUAUAGUUAAGAAUCCUUUUUUUUUUUCUUGAUUCUGCCAAGCAUAAAUGUU